UUGGUAGUGGUUAACUACCUGAAGAAUCCGUUGUCAAUGAGUCAACAACACGAACAUCAUGUCUGAGCCCAGCCUUACCUCUGCGAACACCGUCGCUCCAGCGGCAAUCGGGAACCUGGUCGACCUUCACUACGUUGUGUUUGGUGUUGGCUAUGGCGUUUCCACUCUCCUUCUUCUUUUGCGGCUUUACAGCAGGAACCGUUAUGGUGGUCUCAGGCUAGAUGACAUGUUGGUGGUAUUUUCCUGGGUAAGUAAGAGAUAGGAGUUCACGUUAAUGAGACCGAGGACUCAUUCCGGCACGCCAGGUGUUUUCGUCCGCCAUGCAGAUUCUGAUGAUAGUCGCGAUAUCCAUGGGCACAAUGUGCUUUCCGCGAGUAUUCAUUCCAGACGAUCGAUUCCGGAUAUACGUCGAGCUCAGUUACAAUGCGGCGCCGGCUUUCAUGAUGUCCAUCGGCUGUGCGAAGGCGUCUAUACUCUGCCUUUAUAUGCAACUAUUCCCCAGUACAAAGUUCAAUAUCAUCGCCAAAAUCACACAGGGUGUUGUGAUCAUGACCACGGUCGACAUCACCCUGCUACUAUACCUCUCGCGCCUCCCGAGCCUGUCACUCGAUGCCGUGGCCAUCUUCUUGGCAACGGCUGCCUCGAACAUCGUCAUGGACGUAGUGUUGCUGAUUCUUCCCAUUCCCACCGUGUUCAGACUUCAGGCGAGGCUUAGCAAAAAGCUUAGGCUCACAGGGUUCUUCAGCCUCGGCUUAAUAACCACUGUCACCUCCAUCCUUCGGCUGUAUCUUCUCAGCAAGAUCCAACAAAGCGAGGACCUAACGUGGGACGCCGCACCAGCCAACAUCACUUCAUUCCUCGAAGUCAAUUUUCUUCUGAUAUGCGCUUGUGUGCCCUCUGUGUUCACAAGUCGAGUUUCGUGGACAAGACGGCCACCCCUAAAUAGCUCGAGUCAAGUUCAAUUGCGCGAGUCCCAGGAUUCCAAUGUAGAAUUGGGAAUCCUUGCCCCGGCAAGUCAAUCAAGCGGUGCGGACAGUGGAGCUGAUAGCACUUGGAGCGAGCCGAUACACGAGAAAAAGGUCUUUAGCGCGUCUCUGUAUACUUGAUAGCAUCAGGCGACGAUACAGUAGGGCUUUGAGCCAUCAAACAGGUGCAGGCCUGUCUCUCUGCUGAGUUACAAACGGUCCUUGACCCAAAUUUACUGCCAGAUCACAGCUAUAAUCACUCGGAAAUGUCUC